AUGACUUUGCCAGCGAUAGUGACCAAGGUUGUGCAAUGGCCCGUCAAAGCCAUCGCACAUGCGACCGGCAAGCAAUCUACACCAACGAGCAAGCUCAUUCGCGAUGUCAGUGGGGUGAUCUUUCCUGGGGAGUCGAUGCUCGUGCUGGGACGGCCGGGCGCCGGGUGCACCACCCUGCUGAAGACCCUAGCCAACAGCCACGGUUCGUUCGUUGAAGUUCAAGGCCAGCUGCAGUAUGCCACUCUUGCCAAAGAGGAGAUGGCACGUCGUUACCGAUCGGAAACCGUCUACGCCAGUGAGGAGGACUUCCAUUUCCCCACUCUAUCCGUCAAAAACACCAUGGGCUUUGCCUUCCAGUUGCGCAAGCCGGCCAACGAAACUCGGUCGGACUCCGAGUUUGCCCACGAGAUGACCGAGUCUUCAUUGAAGGCUGUCGGACUGUCUCACACUGCCAACACGAUUGUGGGCGAUGCCUUCGUGAGAGGGGUUUCUGGCGGAGAGCGCAAGCGAGUGACUUUGAUCGAAGCCCUAUCGGUCAACCCUACCUUUGCCGCCUGGGACAAUCCCACCCGCGGCCUAGACAGCUCCUCCGCCACCGAAUUUGUGCAGCUCAUCACCUCCCUCUCGGCGGAAUCUGGGAUGAGCAAUGCUGUGUCCAUGUACCAGGUGUCUGAAACCAUCUAUGAAUGUUUCGACCGGGUCACCGUUCUGUACGACGGCCGGCUGAUCUUCUGCGGCCGAGCCGACCAAGCCAAAGACUACUUCCUGAGGCUGGGCUUUGAGUGUCGCCACCGCCAGACCACCCCGGAUUUCCUGACCGCCGUCACCUCCCCUGCAGAGCGUCUUGUCCGAAAGGAUGCGGCAGGACCGGUGCCCACCGAUCCCGAUGGCCUCGCCGCCGCAUUCCGGGAGAGCAUGGAGUAUCGUCAGUUGCAAGAGGAUAUUGUCCGGUAUCAGACGGAAAUGGCCCGCGAUGGCCAGCGGGUCCAAGCCUUCCGGGACAAUGUACACCAGAUCCGUUCGUCGUGGGUGCCACAGCAGGCGAUCGCCCCAAGCACGCUGGCCAAGCAGAUCUGGGUUGUCAUGCGUCGGUACUACCAGCUGCUGUGGGGCGACAAGUGGACGUUUCUGACUCUUGUUGCCUUUGUCGCCCUCAACGCGGUGAUUAACGGUCCGGCAUACUACAUGGCUCCCAAGGAUGUCACCGGCACGUACGAGAAGAGCAGCGCCUUGUUCUUCUCCCUGAUCUAUUUCUAUCUCAAUGCCCUGACGGAGGCCGUCUCCACAGUCAAGUCGCGUAACAUCCUGUUUAAGCAGGUCCAAUAUGGGUUUAUCCAUCCAAGCGCGUUCGUCAUCGCCCAGACCCUUGCCGACAUUCCAAUCGCCUUCAUUCAGUGUCUCCUGUUUGCCUGCCUGUAUUACUUCGAGAUCGGCCUUCAACAGACAGCGUCCGCUUUCUGGAUCUUUGUCCUGCUUGUCUUCACUCAUUAUGCGGCUGUUCAGAGCCUGUUCCGCAUGCUCGGCGCCUGGGUCCCCAACAUCUCGCUGACCCUGAUGAUGGCCGGCAGCGCGAUCCCUGUAGGUCUGCUGUAUUCGGGGUUCGGUCCGACCCGGCCUACCCAGCGACGAUGGGGUUCAUGGCUGCGCCGCGCAUCGCCGUCGCCAUACGCGCUGGAAGCAUUGCUGGCCAAUGAGUUGGAUGGAAUCACCCUGACUUGUGCCGACAGCGACAUGGUUCCGUCCGGGUCGAACUACACCCAGUUGCAGUACCAGACCUGCAGUAUCACUGGGAGUACCAUGGGACAUCAAUCAGUCCCUGGCUCGGUGUAUCUGGCGGAUCACUUUGGCUACACGCGUAGCCACCUGUGGCGCAAUUUCGGCAUCAUUCUGGUCAUGUGGUUCCUCUAUGUGGUACUGGGAUGCAUUGGACUCACCAUCAUGACACGCGAAUCGGGAGGAUCUCACGGUCGGAUCUUCAAACAGUCCAAGCAACGCGAUGAGGAGAACCAGCCCAAGUCCCCGACCAGCUCUUCCUCGGGGUCCUCGUCCGCGACACAGUCGGUCACCGGACCCCCCGCAUCCCAUGCACUGGAGAAAGUCGAGACUGGCCAUUCGAGAGAGGCAGCCCGCACAUUCACUUUCCAGGAGGUCAGCUACUUCGUUCCAGUGGCCGGGAAGGAAAGACAAUUGCUUCGCGAUGUGAGCGGGUAUGCUCGCCCGGGCCAGUUGACAGCCCUAAUGGGGGCUUCCGGCGCUGGGAAGACAACGUUGCUGGAUACCCUCGCCCAACGCAAGAGCACCGGUCGGAUCACGGGGGCUAUGCGUCUCAAUGGAGCGCCCCUGGACCCGUCCUUUGCCCGGUCUUGCGGAUUCGUCAUGCAGCAAGAUGUGCACGAACCCAAUGCUACGGUGCGGGAAGCUCUGCAGUUCUCCGCGCGUCUGCGCCAGCCCGCCGAUGUCGCGGAGGAGGAUAAGUUGGCUUACGUUGAGCACAUCAUCCACUUGCUAGACCUGGAAGAGCUUGCCGAUGCCCUCAUUGGCGAGCCCGGAGACGGGCAGCUCAGCGUUGAGGAACGGAAGCGCGUCACGAUCGGGGUGGAGCUGGCGGCGCGCCCCAGCUCGCUCCUGUUUCUCGACGAGCCCACUUCGGGCUUGGACAGUCAAGCGGCCUUUGCGCUCGUGCAGUUCCUGCAGCGAAUCGCUGCCGAGGGGAUUCCCAUCGUCUGCACCAUCCACCAGCCGUCGGGGGUUCUUUUCGAGAUGUUUGACCAUGUCCUGCUCCUGGCGCCGGGGGGCCAGACCGUUUACUUUGGCGAGACCGGCGAGAACUCGUCCCAAGUCGUCGAGUAUUUCGGACGAUACGGCGCCACAAUCGAUAGCCAGGCGAACCCCGCGGAGUUUAUCCUGUCGACUGUGACCUCCAAGGAGGAGGGCUCGAAGGACUGGCCCGCCAUCUGGCGCGAGUCUCCGGAACGCAACGCCCUCGAGGCGACCCUCGUUCGAUUGAACUCCACUCCCAUCACCACCGAGCCACCGUAUUCUCCUAUCCUCUCUUCAUCCCAAUCAGCAUACGCCCUAUCACUCUGGUCGCAAACCGUUUCCGUGACACAGCGCCACUGGCUCUCCGUCUGGCGCGAUGGGAUGUACCUGUUCAGCAAGACGGCGAAAAGCCUGUUCGUCUCCCUCUUCAUCGCCUUCAGCUUCUUCAAAGCCGGAUCCAGCCUACAGGGCCUGCAGAACCAGAUGAUUGCGGUACUGCUGCUGUCGUGGAUCAUCCCAACAACGAGCGCCGACCUGCAGGACAUGUGGUUCCGCAAGUGGGCGAUCUUCAGCGCGCGCGAGCAGAACGGCAUCUACGACUGGCGGGCGCUGGUGACCGCGCUCGUCGCCGUCGAGAUCCCCUGGCAGCUGGGGAUCUACACCCUGGUGUUUCUGGGGACAUACUGGACCGUGGGGUUCCCCGCGGGCGUCUCCGCCGUCGCCGGCCUCUACUACUUCACCUGGCUGCUCCUCGCCCUGUUCAGUAUCGGCUACUCCCAGCUGCUGGCCGCCUGCUUCCCCGACCCCACCCUGGCCGGCUACGCCAACUCCCUCGUCUGGGUCAUCCUCAUGGUUUGCUCCGGCGUCCUCACCCCUCACGCCUACAUGAACGACUUCUACCGCCCCUGGCUGUUCUGGGUCGACCCCAUGCGCUACUUCUUCGGCGCUACCGUCGGGGUCGUCCUGCAUGAUGUCCCUGUAGACUGUGGUUCCGCGGAACUCGUUCGCUUUGAGCCUCCUCCCGGUCUGUCCUGCGGCCAGUACGUUGGUCCCAGCAGCCGGGGACAGCUGUAUCUGGAUCACAACCCGGGGUAUCUGGUUAACCCCAACGCAACCGCGGACUGCGGGUAUUGUCCGUACACGGUUGGAGACGACUACCUGUCGACCUUGGAGUAUGGGUACGGCCAGCGGUGGUGGAAUUGGGCGGCCUUUCUGGGGUUCUGCUGCUCAAAUAUCGUGCUCUUGUAUUGUGUGGUCUGGAUCACCAAGGGACGGGGACAAAGACGGAGGACAAAGUAA